GCCCCUGGACUCCCCUCCGUGCGAGCGUGGCCUCAUGGCCGGGGCCCGGCGCUUUCGGUUCCGGGAGGAGCCAGGCCCCGGGGCCGAUGGGGCCGUGCUGGAGGUCCGCGUCCCGCAGGUCCUGCAUGUCCAGUAUGGGAUGUAUGUUUGGCCCUGUGCUGUAGUCCUGGCCCAAUACCUGUGGUUUCACAGAACAUCACUGCCAGGCAAAGCUGUUUUAGAGAUUGGAGCUGGAGUGAGCCUUCCAGGGAUUUUGGCUGCCAAAUGUGGUGCUAAAGUAAUACUAUCUGACAGCUCCCAGUUCCCACACUGUUUGGAUAUCUGUUGGCAAAGUUGCCAGAUGAAUAACCUGCCACAAGUCCAAGUUGUAGGGCUGACAUGGGGCCACAUAUCAAAGGACAUUCUGUCUUUGCCACCACAAGACAUCAUUCUUGGAUCUGAUGUGUUCUUUGAACCAGAAGACUUUGAAAGUAUUUUAGCCACCGUAUACUUUCUGAUGCAGAAGAACCCAAAAGCUCAAUUUUGGUCUACAUACCAGGUCAGAAGUGCUGACUGGUCACUUGAAGGCUUGCUCUACAAGUGGGAUAUGAAAUGUGUGCACAUUCCUCUGGAGUCUUUUGAUGCAGACAAGGAAGAUAUAGCAGAGUCUUCCCUUCCAGGAAGACAUACUGUUGAAAUGCUAAUCAUCUCCUUUGCAAAAGACAGUUCUGAAUGAAUUGUACCUCAAGCUGUUCUGGAACAGUGUCAAGACUGAAUAACCUGAAUUAAAGACAAACUAUAUCUUGAUGAAACUCAAUGGGUAUGAAGAUGGCCAGUUCUGCAGGCCUUAUGGUUAUGUCAUGCCUAGGGUAGCACUCAACUUUAACAAAAUUAAACAUUGAAAAGGACUCA